AGAAGGAAAAUAACUUUUUAGCAGCUCGUUGUCGUCGUCGCGUUUUUCCACACACAGCCAGCAUUAAGCGGUGCGUUCUUUGGCAGUGCUCUGAUUUUUCUUCUCUGCGCCUACAAAUUGUCCCCCGUGUGUAUAUGCGAGAAGUCCGCAUUCUAAUAAGAAAGUGGCCUCCCGUGCGUUUCGGCGUGUAGAACAUUUCGCUUUUAUCGGUUCACAAGUCACAGUCCUCGGUGGAGUCCUCCCGUGUGCGUAAAUGUGUUCGGUGCUGUGUACUUGCGGAAAGUAGCAAAAACUCACACUUCCCCGAUUGUCGAAUCCCCCCGUCCAUUCGCAGCAGCAGCAGCAGUGCUUGUGUGAUUCGCGAUCCUUGCCUCCCGCGUUAAUGUGAAAAAUCCUAAUCGGAAAAUGCUAUAAAAUUGUGAACCGUGUGAAUGUGCUAGCCGAGUGAACCAGUUAGAACCGAGCGAAACGCCAGAAUUGGUCGGGGAGAAAAAUUCGCGAAUCCAAUCCUCACACGAUUCCCAUCGGAUUCGUUUGCGAGAGUGCUGUUUUGUAUCGCCACCGCUGGGGGCAAUACUGAAUUGGAUAGUGUUAAGUGAAGGUGAAACAGAAGAAAAACGAACGAGUUCCAACAGGAUUAUUUUCCGAGCAUUCGUAGUGUUUUUCGAUCGGCUGGCGGUGCUGGCAUCGUGGGCGUGAGUGAACUGUCUGUUGAGCUGUACCAUCUUUCCCCCCGGGAAAGGACCUUCUUUUCUUCAUCCUUGGUGUGGAAAAACCUUGAAACUAACAGCGGGAAACUGGCAGUGGCAGGAGAUAACGGGCGGCCAAAUCUCCGUUUUUAAUUAAGCUAUACCAAAGGCAGAAGACGUUUCUCCGGGUUGCAGUACAACGCAAGACGUUCGCGACGAGGCGACUGGUUACACUUCUUAUCCCGACACUGCUCGUAGGAACCCAGCCCACACAUCUUUCAUACUAAGUUAGUGAAGUCCCUAGGAUAGUCGAGGCUACGCGGCACACUCACACAUACACAUACUAUUUGACAUCGAUAACGUCACAAUGGGGAAGCAGAACAGCAAACUGAAGCCGGAGGUGCUGGAGGACUUGAAGCAGAACACAGAAUUUUCAGACGCAGAGAUACAGGAAUGGUACAAAGGUUUUCUGAAAGACUGCCCCAGCGGCCACUUAUCGGUGGAGGAAUUCAAGAAGAUAUAUGGAAAUUUCUUCCCCUAUGGAGAUGCGAGUAAGUUUGCAGAACACGUAUUCCGGACCUUCGACGCUAAUGGCGACGGCACGAUAGACUUUCGGGAAUUCCUGUGCGCCCUAAGUGUCACCUCGCGUGGUAAGCUGGAGCAGAAACUCAAAUGGGCCUUCUCGAUGUACGACCUGGAUGGUAACGGAUACAUUUCCCGACAGGAAAUGCUUGAGAUCGUCACCGCUAUUUACAAGAUGGUCGGCUCGGUGAUGAAGAUGCCGGAGGACGAGAGCACACCGGAGAAGCGGACGGACAAAAUCUUCCGCCAGAUGGACCGCAACAAGGACGGCAAGCUCAGUCUGGAGGAAUUCAUCGAGGGAGCGAAAAGUGAUCCGUCGAUCGUACGGCUGUUGCAAUGUGAUCCGCAGGCGCAGUGAGCAAUUCCAAAAUUACUUCUCUGGCGUCGACGCCGCUGCCACUGUAGGCGUCGGCGUCGAUCCACUACCACAACCACCACCAUCACUACUAUUACUAUCUCUACUAUUACCACUAGUAAUGAUGAUUGGCUAACAAGUAAAAGAACUGCGAGAUCGGGCGGCGACGGCAAAAAAAACUGCCGCCAGAACCUCUGCUGCGAACAAAGGCAAAAUCUGCAACAUGCUAAAAGUAACUUUGAUAACAUGAAACCUAAUAAUAAACAUAAUUUUUUCCUAUUAUAUAACAAUAUUUAUUACAAAUCACAGUUUAUUAUUUACAAAUUGAAGCAAAAAAUUACAAAAUGUUAAAAACAAAACAAAUGAGUAUCACAAAGAUAAACACAAACAAAUAAAUACCAGUAAGUUAAAAGUAAGCAACCGUUGAACUUUGCUGCAAAUUUUUAGAUACGCGAGUUUAAAUGUAAAUAUUUUUUGAAUUGAUAUUUCCUUUCAUCGCUUUUCGCGCAGUUCUUACUUUCGAGUGAUAUUCUCAUCCAUUAUUAGCCAACUUCAUCACAUGAUAUUUUUGUUUCUGUAUAUGUUUAUUUCAUUUUAUGGCAUCCAAGAAGCAGUAGUCUUAAUGUAACGUUUCAGUUCCUUAUCGAAUCAUGAUAGUUGCUUCUGACGAUUGACGUUUCGAGCCUACCCAAAUUAAUCUCUAACUGCUGUUGGUUAUUGCCCUCGAUGCUAUUGUACCUCUUCCCUCAAAGUCGAACCAAUGGCGAUCACAAUCCGGACCCGGAAAUGUAAAAAGUAAAAAGUGUGAUUCUAUCUUCCGGCUAGCCCUUCUAAAGUCCAAAGGAAUAUCAAUGAAAAAUAUCGAUUGAAAAGCUUCCCAGCAACAUGUCAACCUGUCUCAUAAAAGAAACGCUCCCACACCAGAAGGAUCUUUUCGCUCGGGUAGGAGAAUACUAAUCACAGUUUAACUCUUCUUAUCUCGGCACUUUCAUUCGUGACGACGUUUUAUCUCUUCGAGCUUUUUUUUCGUGCCAUUCUUAAUCAACAAUUGUUCGACUCAGACUCCAGAGCAUAGAUUUUCUCUGCCCGACCGAAAGUGUUUGUUGUUGUUGUUGUUGUUGCUGGUGAAGCUUUUCAUUUGCCCACUUGUUUGUCAGAGAUUAAAAUUGAAAAGUGAAGUUAAAUUGAAAACAAUUUUUCGGGCCUAAUGAUGUAAAGCGAAGAGAUAAGAGAGAAAAAAAAACAAAAUACCCAGUAAAAGUGAAUUUUUCGCUGCCUCCGCGAAUUCACAUUAGCAUUCUGCCUAAACGACGAAAACAGCAAACAAAAUGCGGACAAUUUGAAAUGUACCAAGGGAUAGAGGUACACACACACACAUACACACAAGGAUAAUCAAAUUGUACGCGAGAUCGACGGAAUUGAAUAAGAAUGUAAUAAUAUUCCACCGAGACGCGAUGAGAAAAAAGAGGAGGGAGUGGCGGAAAAAUGAUGAAUUGAACUGACGACGAUAGAAAUAAAAGGUUUUACCGGCGUGAGACGGAAAGAUUGAAAUUGUUACAGUUUUAAUUUAAGCAAAAUAUGUGUGAGUGUGCUAAACUUUAAACUAGUGUUUAAAACAAACAAACAAACAAACCAAGAAAUCAUUGUGGAACCCGGUUAAGACAACGCACGCAGGAUCACUUGUUAGGAUUUUUUAUUCUGGUUUGAUGAAUUAUUGUAUUUUUAUAAACAUUUUUGCCUAUUUAUUUUUCAUGUCCAUUCAUCGCAUCUGAAAACACACACAGACACACAUAGUCAUUUAAUUAGUUCUUCAAGCGAAUCCCAACGAAUCUUCGGAUUUAUUCAAUAAAACGCUGGGUUUCGUUGCUUUAAUUUUUUUUCUAACUUCUUGCAAAUAUGCUGUUACUAACACUAUUUUAAUCACUCGCCGAUCAGAGUCAACACAGAGUCAUUUAAACUCUCACUUCGCUCUUUCGUUUUUGUUUUGUUGUUUUCCAUUAACACAUAGGAAGCAUAAAAGGAAAGAUAGAGGAGGAAAAAAACAGUUGAAACACAGAUCUUUAAUGCUAAGUCAAGUUUGUACAGCCUUUUGAAUAAAUUUUAUUUUUCAUUUUAUUUUAUACUGUUUAUGUUGGUGUGUAUCACACCUUUGGAAAGAAAUCAGCUCAAAAAUGGUCGAUUUACGAAUUUGCGUUAGAUUUGCAACCAGAUGGCGCAGCGAGUGAAAUGAUGAUGUUUUGUUUUUUUGAUAUGAAAUUUGUUUAAAUUGUUAGAAAAAUCCGAAUUUUUCUUCAAAUUUCCCGGAUUUAAGUAUUCUUUCCACGCCAAAAAGGUUAAAAAAUCAUCAGUUUACAAUGUGGUAUAUAUAUUAUGAAGAAUAGCUUGGUAUAAGUGUUGCAACUUAAGUUUUUUUUUUCUUACCGUAUACAUACGACAUUUAAUGGUUGAAAUCAAUCUAAAAAGCGAUAACAUGAAUAAUCAUGACUGAAUCUUGCUUUAUAGUGCGUAGAGUAAACAAACAUCAUCACUUUUGUGGUUCUUAGCUCUAAUGUAGGUGUCGCAUGAGCUGAUUCAGCUUCGCGUAAAUUCGUCAAUAGUGUUCAACUUCGUGUUGGCUGUUUAGGCAUUUUUGCGAAUGUUAUUGGGUGGUGUUCAAUGAGUUUUUCAUGAGGGCCUCAGAUUGCAGUGAAACUUUGUGGGUGUAAAGACAUUGGUCAUUUGAGCAACUUUGCAUAUUUAAAAUCUUCAAAAAAGUAUUAGAAUACUAUGUGAGAAAAGAUAGUUUUAAAAAAAAAAAUUUACAAAAAUUUCCAAUUUAAAAAUUUUAACACCUACAAAACUUUGGUCAAAAAUGAAAAUGAAGAAAUUUUCAUAAAAAAUAUGAAAAAAUUACACUAAAAGAAGUUUCUUUAAAAAUUGAAAUUGAUUUUUCUCGAAAACAUUUUUUUUAAUUAAAAAAAAUAUGUAAAAAUAUAUAUAUUUCCUAACAACAAAUUAUUCAUAAUUCUUCGAAAAUAAAAAAAAAGCAAAUCCUAAUUUUGAUCAAAGUCAAGAUAGUGAUCUAGUGUAUUCGACAAGGUUUUAGAUUUCACUAGCUGACCCAGUGAACUUAAUUCCGCUCUAAAUUGUUUUUUUUUUUAUAUGAAUACUUUCAAAAACUCACGUUUUCUCACUCGCGAACGUUCGUUAGUCCAAUCGCAGAACUCUUCAUUGAUUGAUUACCCUUGAACCCUUUACAAUUUACUUGUACUAUGCAUUUCCUAGUACUUCUACCAAAACUCGUCAUCUAUAUAAAUAAAAAUGUAAGGCAAAAUCUGUUGGUAAGCGGAAAACCCGAAGAAGGGAUGGUCCGAUUUUAGCCUUCUUUAUUUUGUUGUAGUCGUCUCUUCCCGUAGAUCAAUAUAGUGGAGAGAAAAAUCGGAAAAUUUUCGGAAAAUCCUGAAGAAGGUCGGAAAAUUCGGAAAAUUAAAUUCCCACAUGUUCGAAAAUUACAUCAUAAUAACCAUUCGAUAUUUGCGCUAUCGAAAUUGAUCUUUGUUCGUAAAUGGAUAUGGAUUUUCAGGCGAAAUAACGCGUUUCCAUAUCUUAUAUCUAUAAAUAAUAAUGGAAGGCCAAAUGUGUUGGUAAGCGCAAAACCCGAGGAAGGAAUGGUUCAAUUUGAGUCAUCUAUAUUUCGUUGUAUUCGUCUCUUCCCGUAGAUCAAUAUAGGAACCAAAUCGGAAAAUUGAAUUCCCAUAUGUUCUACAAUUAGCUAAGCAUUGUUAGUCCAUUUGAUGUUGGCGCUAACGAAAUUGAUUUUUGUUCGAAAGAGGAAAAGGAUUUUCAGACGGAAUAACGUAUUACUAUAUCUUCUAUCUAUAUAAACAAAAAUGGGAGACCAAAUGUGUUGGUAAGCGCAAAACCCGUGGAAGGAAUGGUCCGAUUUGAGCUGUCUUUAUUUUGUAAUAUUCUCUGUAUCAAACAUGUAUUCCAUGCAACGGAGAAACAUGUUAUUUCCAAAUGCUUGAAUAAUCUUGAACGAGAAUUGUGUCUGAAAAUAAUUUUAUAUUAUAAGGACGAUUUUUUUUAGAAGUACUAGACAAUUUAUAGUAAAAUGAAAUUGUAAAGGGUCAAAGGGUAAUCAAUCAAAGAAGAAUUCAGUGAUUGGACUCACUAACGUUCACUUAGUAAGAAAACGUGGAUGUUAGAAAGUAUUCAAAUCAAAGAAACUAUUUUGGACGGGAUGAAGUUCGUCGGGUCAGCUAGUUAUAAUAUAAAAUUGUUUUCAGACACAAUUCUCGUUCAAGAAUCUUUAAUCACUAGCAAAAAACAUGUUUAUCCGUUACACGGAAUACAUGUUUGACAAAUACAACAAAAUAAAGACAGCUAAAAACGGACGAUUCCUUCCUCGUGUUUGGUGCUUGCCAAAACAUUUGGCGAUCCAUUUUUAUUUGUAUGGAUAUAAUACAUUGGAGUGCGUUUUUUCACCUGAAAAUUCAUUUCUAUUUUCGAACAAAGAUCCAUUUCGUUAGCGUAAUUCAAAUAGACGAACCACGUUACGAUGGAAUUGUAGAAAAAAAAUGGAAAUUCAAUUUUACGAAUUAUACCAUUUUCCUCCAGUUUUCCGAAAAUUUUCGUUUGUAAUGUUUGGUUGAAAUAUGUGUUCCAUUUGUAUGUGACGCCCCCCCAAGCCUAUGAGGAACAGACAGACAGACAUAAAUCCAUUUACAGUGAUAGGCAUAGAAAAGCCCGCCUUGGAUGUUUAAAAACUUUUUUCAAUUACUGGACUAUUUUAUCAAAAACUACUGCUGCAAUUUUAUAGAGUUGUUUGUUAACUAUUAGUCUUUCCAGUAAUGAACCUGUUUUGUCAUUUUUGUUAGAUUUUGUUUACUCCCUUACAUGACAAAUAUGCGUUGACAAAAAUACGAGCUCAUCCCCAAAAAAAGAUAUUAAAACCACUUAAAACCUUUGAGUAGCUCGUUUCUUCAUGUUAUGACAGUUAGAGUUGUGCGAUAUUGUUAGCAAUCGAUAUUGAAGCAUAAACAAAGUGUUGUUUACAUUGUAUUAAAAACAGCGUAAGAUAACGAUUUUUUGAAUUUUGUUUGUAUAAAAAACAAUUUUGUUAAGUAAAAUCAGCAAUUCUAUGAGUCUUCAUUAGAAAAAACAACAUUUUUCAUUGUAUUUCCAUCAUAUUUAUCUGAAUUCAAUUCAUAAAACUUAAACCAAACAUGGUCCUUAUUCCCGUAUACACUACACCUGAAAACAAUGUGGAGUGAGUACAAACUUAUUCCGGAUUACACGCCACUGUAAACAUUUGGUAGAAUUAAUUAUGAAUACAACUAGUUCAUCCACCGAUGUUAUUCUGGUUUACACUUCACGCUCUCGUUCGUGUGAACAGAGCGAUUCCUCGUGCUCAUCAUAAUCGCCGAUCAUUCACUCUCCCGAAAAGUUGGUAUAUAUGACGAGCUUUUUGGUAAAUAUUACCAAUAUUUAGUAAAUUUUUGCAAUACGAAUUCUUCGUACAUAUUACGCGAUAACAAUGAUAAACAAAUGUCAAAUCGGCCAGUUUAACCCAGUAUAAGCAGUCGGUUCAACGUUGGCUUAACAUAUACCCUAAACAAGUUAUGUUAACCCAACCUUCAUGCAUAUAUUGUUAUGAAUUUAUUGAGCUUUUGUGUGCAUCUUUAUUCAUUUAUUGAACUAUCUACACUAUUUAAAUUAUUUAUUGAACUAUCUAAACUAUCGACAUCUGAUCCUGCACCGAUUGGGUCUGAUCCACGGCUACAUAUAAGGAAAAAUACACAAUUAUUACUACAAAUAGCUACAACAGACUACUCAAUCCUCACCAUUAUCCUCUCCCAGGACCAGCGUGUAAUUAGGGGAACCUGGGGCAAGAGUGCCACCUUAAGCUAAUAAGCGUUUUUUGAAUGCUCUUUUGUUAUAUUUUUUUUUUAGUUUUUUUGCUGGUUUGUUCAUUUAUACUCCUAUUUAGGUGUAGCUAUGCAUCAAAUUGUUCAAAAGUUAUGUUUACUAUGAAAAUGUUUCAUUCACAAAAAUGAUGUUUUGGCUUGUACUUUUCCAGUACGGGGCAAGAGUGCCAUUCUUAUAAAAAUAUAAUUUUUGAUGAAAAAAGCACUGUGAAAUUCACGGUGGUUCCAAAGAACGCAAACUCAAGUUCUGGUGGCGUUCACGAAAACCGGCAAGCCAAUCUUCUCCGGCCUGGAGUCAUGGAAACAUAUAGAAACUGAGGGUAUUUCGUUAAUUUGCGCCUGUGCGUUCUUAUAUAGAUUGCAGUUGUAAGAAGCUCAGUUAGUAUUUAUCUGUUUUCCAAUAAAAAAUAUUUAAGGUUCUGGCUGAUAAUAUGUGAGAUAUAUGCAGUAUCUGUAUACAACAAAGUUCUGUUAGUUAAAUAAUUGUAAAAAAUGGAAAUAGGCAAAAUAAUCAGAUGGGCACUCUUGCCCCGGGUUCCCCUACUUCUCAGUCAAACACAUUCGGGAAAUAUCACGGAGCUGACGAAACCCAGGCGGCAUUAAGUGAGGCCAGCUCUAUGUCCCGUUGCAACAUUGACUUGACGCGACAGUGGAUACGGAACCUCCGUCGUGACGAAUCCGGAAAACAUCCAAUUGAUCGAACCACCGAUCACAAUCGUCUGCAAAACGUUUAUGAAGUUGUCCUUGACCAAAUCCAACAGCAUAAAGGUAGAACUAGGACUCGACAGGGCUCGUUUUUGUGUCUCGAAGUACGCAAAUUCCUUAUUUUUGAAGUAAUAUCUUCGUAUUCUCCCGCAGCAGACGAGUACGAGCCAUUGCUAUCCAAUAUGUAUCAAUAUUAAUUAAUGAACAUAAAUUGUAUUGAUUUUCAAGAAUAUUACUUACCUGUCCCGAAUCUGGGUUAACCCGACCUUCUUCUGUGAAGAAAUCAAUACCGAAAAGUAGUACCGUUCAACUCAAUUAACAACUCGGUAAUUAAGCUAAAAAUUUUAUAUUUACAUUUUCUUCGCGGUUGCCAGUAAUGACAAUCGUAAAAGUUACUAAUACCGCGAAGUAGAAUGAAACAAUCGUUGGUAGGGAUGUGUAUUGCAUCUGAAACUCUUUUUACAAAUGAUUGGUAAUUUUCAAAGAAAAUAUGGGCAUUCUACUAAUGUUUGUAUUACAAAAGAUUUGGAGGUUUUUUUAGUAAUCCAUUUUCUGGGUGUAUCGACACAACUCGAGGAUAAACAAAACAAAAUACAACUGACGUUUCUCUCAGAAACGACAUUGGAAAUGAACACAGAGUCAUUUUGGUAUCCACUCCACUUUCUACACGAAGUUCAUUUUUGCACUACACGAUCGGUAGAAACGGGAAUAGGUGCAUAAAAGUGAAGUGAGAUGUAAGCGUAGUGGGAACGUAAGUGUAAGUGGAUACGGGAAUAAGGCUCUCUAUCUCAAUGGCCCACAGGUUCUCGAUCAGGUUGAGAUGAGGACUUUGUGGUGGCCAUUCAAGGGGUUUUAUUUUGCGUGAACGUAAAUAGGCUUUGGUAUCUUUAGAAGAAUGCUUCUGGUCGUUGUCCGGUUUGGAAAACGAAGCUUUUUCGUAGGUCAGUUUUUCGAAGUGAUUCCUUAAUGAUGUCAAUGUAGAUAUCUGCUGUAAUGAUUCCGUGAAUUCGCAUCAGAUUUCCAACACCAGCCCAGGAAAAGCAUUCCCACACCAUUACAUUGCCUCCUCCGUGUUUGACUGUAGCCUGCAAAUGACGUUCCUGCAAUCCUUCAUCAGCCUUCCGAAACACUUUUUCGUGCCGCUUCUUGUUGAAAAGCUCAAUUUUUGGUUCGUCAGACCAAAGUACGUUUUCCCAGAAGUUGACCUAUUCCGGAUCUGCCAGCAAUCGAACCGUAAGCUUUGUGCUAGUGCACAAUUUCACGGACUGCUCCCCGGCUGAUUCCGAACUUUUCUGUAAUCUUCCGCUGUGAAAUUUGCUGCAAAUGAUCCUGAACAACAAUAUUUCAGACUUGCAUGUUGUUUUUCUUUCCACCCAUUUUGAUUUUGUUAAAAACUCUUCGUGUAAACAACAACAAUCGACUUUUAUGUAUCAUCGUAAACAACACGUUGUUUAUAUCGCGUCAAUUGAAUCACUGAAAUUUUAUAGAUAAUAUCGCACAACCCUAGCUGUCAUAACAUGUGGAAACGAAGGAAUACUCAAAGGUUUUGAAUGAUUUUAAUAUUUUUUUUUUUGGGUUGGGCUUUUCUUUUUGUGAACGCAUAUUUGCACACAUUGAAGAAGUCAUGUAAGGAAUGAACAAAAUCUAACAAAACUAAUGAAAUUUGUUAAUUACUUGGAAGAGUAAUAGUUAAUAUACAAUUCUAUGAAAUUACGGUAGUUGUUUGAAAUGGUCCAGAAACUGAGAAAAGUUUUUAAAUAUGCAAGGUGGGCUUUUUAUGCAUAUCACUGUAUAUUCGGAUUAAAACUUAGAUUACUUAGAUUCGGAUUAAAAAAAUAAUCAAACACUAACUGCACACUUGAACGAACGAACUAGAACUGAUUUUAUUGUGUCUUGAAUUGUUCCUACCUAAUGAAUUUCUGCUUAUCGGUAAUUUUUGUCCAUGCGCGGCAUUCCACGGUGAAGGUUGGUUUAGAGCUCCCGUGAACGUGAACAAACACUUCUUUGUUAAUAGUUCAUCAGUCAUCAUAUAUAAAACGCGAGGAAAACAUCUUUAAAUGAUAAGAAGGAACAUUUACUAGUUGAAGAACAUAUUUCAACACAAUUCAUAUUGAUAAAAAUUGAUUAAUUGAUAAUUUCUAAAUUUUUAAAUUCUAAAUUUUCACCGUGGAAUCGAGAUGUUGGUGAAUUCACGAUAGUUCGCCGGCUUCGGUGAACAUGAACGUGAAAACAGUGGUGAAUAUAGACGUCAAAAUAUUUCCCUGUUCAUGUUCACGUUAGAAUGCCCCAAGGCAUUCUGAAAAUUAUUUCGCCGUGAACUGUAAAAGGAUAUGUUAAACAACUUAACAACUUAAACAAGUUUUCUGUAAAAUUUUCCACACAGAUGUAAUUUUAUUCAAUCGGAUCUCUGCACGGAUCGAACAACUUUGUUGCUUCGGGUUACUUUGUGAACAGCUGUAUAUUUUAUCAAAAUUAGUUUAUUUAAGCUCGAUGUUUAUCUACUUCACGUUUACUAGCGAACGUUUAAUAUGAACGUGAACGUGAACAAGAACAUUCUGUUCGCCACGGUUUUCUGAGUUGUUUGGCCGCAACGUGGUUCACCGUGAAAUGAUCGUACUAUUUCACCAACUGUUCAAGUUCACGUUAAAGGGAGCUCUAAACCAGCCUUGAGAAGGUAUCCUGUUUCGUUUGACUGGGUCCUACGUUCGCUGUCGAUUAUGCUGAUUUUGACGCGUUCUCAGAAUAUCGUUGCAAUUUCUGGCCAACUAUAGAUUGCUGAUAUUGCAGCUCGUGUAGCACAUGUUUUUGUUGGUGUAUUGCUUGUUCCUCGGUGUUACAUUCGGAGUUUUGAAAGUUUUGAAAAAUAUGAACUUUUGUUAACUUUCUAUUUUUUAUGGUUUCUUUGGUAUUUUUGUAUGCAGGCAUCUGAAAAAUAAUGUUAUACUCGUAACAAUUUUGUGUGUAAAUUCUCACGUUUGGCAUGUUCUUGACAUGUUUCUAAAUAGAAAAAAAGUGUAGAAUAUGUCAAUCGUGAUAUGCAUACAUAAAUGUUACUAAAGAACUUAAUUGUAUUUUUUUCAAAGAAAACAUAAAAAAAUGGUUGCUAAGGAAAAUCUCUCUUUGAAACAGUACCCUUCUUCUGAUAUAUGCGUGACGUGUCCAGAAUUAAAAAAAUUGUUUGAGAAAAAUCAGUAUUUUUCUAGAAUUUUUCUUUUUAUGAAAUUAAAAAAAAAGUUUGAUAUUUUUUGAUGGAAGACUGAAAAUUUUCUUAAACUUUAUGCUCUGAAUUUUGUAAGCGUACUUGUUUAUUAUUUUUUUAUGAAAAUUUAAACAAUUUCCAUAAAUUUAAACAAAUUAAAUUUUGUUAAAAUUAAAUCUUUUGAGAUAGAAAUGUUUAUCAAAAAUUAGGAAAAAAAAAUUUGGCCCUUUUCAAAAAGUAGAAUUAUUUUUUGGAAAUUUCAAGUAUGCAAAGUUGUUUAAAUGACCAAUGCUUUCACACCCACAACCUUUCACUGCAAUCUAAGAUGGCGCUGCCAACUUCUAAGUCGUUGUCCUAAGUUGACCUGAAAUUCGUCUUAUUUAUUUCAUCGUUCAUUUAAUAUUGGAUUUAGAAUUGGGACGCAAGAAAUCAUCUCUGUUGCGGGCUCUAAAUUUCACUCUCAGAAUAAAAAUAAAACACAUUAUUCCGAUUUGAUUUUGAUGAAAACGCAAACAGUUUUGCAUGGUUUUUUUUCUUAUAUCAGAAAGUUUAACUAGCAAAUCGAAUUUGUCUCUGUCGCAAUUAAUAUUACGAUUCAUUUCGUAACAUUUCCUCAUAUGAAAAUGUCUAUUUCUCAAAUCGAUGAUUGUCCUGAUUGAGAACCAUCCUUUCACAAUUUUUCUUCGUUCAAUCGCCCAAAGGAACAGCAAUUCGUUCGUUUCAGUUGCUUUGAAUAUGAUUGUCUCAUUUUAUUCAGUUCAAAAUGAUUAAGAUGAAAGUGACAGAGCGUUCGUACACCUGAGAGAUGGAAAAAAGGUUUAUUUUAGGGGUUGUCAUACAUCACCGAAUAUUAGUGAUCUCAUACCGGGAAAUAAGACGAAACAAAUGAAUGAUGGAAUGUUCUCGAAUUCAGCUAGUUCAAUGAACGGAAAACUGGAUAGCUAAAACGGCAAACUAUUCUCGCAGUCGUCAUUUUAUUCCGGAAUGAAAUGAAGUUAUGAAAUCACAUACCAAUACAAAAAGAGAACAACAGAAAAUUCGUGUAAUUCAAUUGAAUGUACCUCUUGAUCAUUGACAGAUAGAAGAGAAACGAAGAGAAAGAGUGGAAUAACAUUGAAAAAGCAUUCAGAAACAUAUUGUAAAACAAAAACAAAAAAAGAAAACAUUUUCGCGAGUCCAUUAAUCAUACUGUUAAGUCAUUACUAAACACACAUUAUAUUGAUCAUGUCACAUUUCGCGAAGCCACGGAAGCGAUCGGAACACGGAAAGAGGAGAAGGAUGAAAUCAUGACUUAGAUAGUACUUUUUGGAAGUAAACACAUAGUGCAUAUUAAAUAUAUCAAUUGUCGAGUAUAAGAUAAUAAAUCAAGUUAUUGAAUUUAGGUGGGUCAGAUGGAGGUAACAAAAUAGAGUAUCAUCUCCCCCAUUCCGCGCCGCAGAGAGUAGAAGAAAGUUCAUAACACCGAACCAAUAUACCAUCAUUGUCGUUAUGGUCAACAGCAAUAGGAAAUGGACGCACAAGUAUAUUUGCAUUAUUUUCCUGGGAGAAAAAAAACAAGAACCGUGGCACGCCGUAACUAGAGAGUGAUGGAAGAACAUGGACCUAAGCACUGCAUUAAUGUUCAUUCGUUUUUGGGUAAAUCUAUGAUAUUAUAAAUAAUUGUUAUACUCUGGUUUACGUUUAUUUAACCGGAUUUCCCAAAAUCGAUAUCAAUCAAUAAUUAACAUCAAAUGAGCGCUGAGCGCUCGACUAUCGGUUCUUGGCUCCAGAGGCCAAUACAACGUGUCUAAAUCAAUAAUAAUUUACGAUUAAGCCUGUUUUCCAUGCUGGAAGUUUCUAACCGCUUCCGCAAAUCGAAAGGUUCGACAGCUUCAGUUUGGCCGCCAUUCAAAUGCUGAACAUUGGAAACUUCUUUUGCGAACUCGAUCAUUCCGUUCACUAGGACUCCUCGCUGAAUUCAUGGGCGAUAUACAAACUACGUAAUGUUAAAAAUACCGUUUUUGACCACGUUCUCUUUAUGUGACGAUAAGUAACAAAAGACAAAUGCCCCUUAAUGCGCAAACGUUCAAAAGGCAAAAUUCGGUUGAAAAGUUUUCAAAAUAUUUUAACUCUUAUUAAGAAAUGAAAACAUCAUUGUCGAAAAAUUAGGUAUUUGCCCAAGUUAGCGAUAAAUGUUCUCCAACGAAAAUAACUGGAAACGAAUAAGAAUCAUCUCCAUUAACUGGAAACUGUUAACGUUAAUAACUAUUUUCACUGUGAGCGAAUUCUUAGGAUUUGCAAACCAAUCGAGUCGGAAAUUCUCUAUGAUUUGUCUGAUAUGCUAUACAAUACAAUUCGCUAAUCUCUAAACGGUUUAAAUUCAUGUAAACUGGAAGAAUUUCAUUUUUCCCAUACAUUUGUUCUGCCGAUUCGUGUGCUAACCCUACCCGUAUUUCGAAUUCUUUUAACUCGAACAUUUCUUAACAGAUUGGAAGGAUGUUUGGAACAAUUGAUAGGAAAUAUUUCUACGCGUCUAUCACAAUUUAUAAAAUGUUAUUUUUCAUGAGAUGAACAAUUGAAUAACUGUAAAAUGUCAAGGAUUCCCCAACACAGACUUCAAAAUCGAUGUACCUGUGGAAAUCCUCUUUGCAAAUAUACAUGCAAGUCGGGGGCAUUUUUGUUCCCACCGAGCACUUAACACGGACUUCAAAAUCAAUGUGCCUGGGGGAAUCCACUUUGUCGAAACAUGCAAGUCGGGGGUAUUUUUUGGUGUUGAGUACUUUUGUACUCACUUGUCGUUGUGCAGACCGGAAUGUUUCCCUAAAACGUACUUUUAAACUGAGAAGCCUGGGAAAAUCGUCAUUUCAUAUACUAGAGGUGAAGGAACUUUUGCGGUUCGAGAACUACGUAAACGUGAGAUGUGCAAUAAUGUCAGAGGGAAAUGUAAAAUACAAUGAUCAUUUGACUAUUCUUCCGUUCGCAUAUUUGGUAGUCUUAGGCAUCAUAUCAAACGUAAAAGGACGAUCAUCAAGUUAUUUUUUAACGAAGAACAUAAUCUAUUAUAAAAAUUUCGAUGCAUUAUAAAAUAAUAUCUGAAGUGGUGAACAAGUGGAUUGCAUAUUAUAUUAUUAUUAUCAUUACUUGUCUUCGAAUGGGUCGUACAGACAGUUUAACUCAUCCUAUUUUUAAAAUCAUUCUUAGAUAUUAUAAAAUCAAAAUUUACAAACACUUCGUUAAAACUACGAAAACAAACAUAAAACGGGUUGUUCUGUCCAAAAUUAGAACGACACACAGGUAGACGAAUGAAAAUUGAACGCAGCGUUGUUCUAGCCGGAACGUUGAAGUUUAUGUUUUCCAAUAGCACUGAACAGUCCACGUUGUCGUUAAGAAUGUCGAAAAAAGACGGGUGGGUAAUGUCGGGGACAUAACCAGAGUGACGUAGGACUAUACAAAGGGCACAGCUUUUGUUAAAUAUAUAUUUCAAAUAUAUUGUUUUAUUUUCUUCUCCUACGUGAAUACCUACCUAUCUACCUGAAAAAUGGAUUAGUUUACUGUUUACUCUUUAUGAAUAUGUUGAUGGUUCUGAAAAGAACCUUUGGUGUUGUGUUUUUGUUAUCACUCGAUAUUCCCAUCUUGUUCGGUUAAACCUUCCUGUUUAGCUAUUGCGUUUGCCACUCGCCACAGCUUUCACAGUUGGAAAAUUUCUUCCCAUCCAGCUUUGUGACAUGAUGUACAGUAAAUUACAUUCAAUGCGACGUGCCGAAGCACCACUCAGUGUCGCAUUGGAGGCGAUUUUAACCUGUAAUUGAACAUUUGCGAUGACAGUGGUACAGUGUCGACUUGCAAUGUGGGGUCAUAAUUUGGAUCUCUAUGUUUACAAAAAUGUCCAACUAAAUAAGUCGCAUUAAAUGUCCGUCCAAUUAGCUAAAUGUCGAACUAAUUGUAAAUUACUGUACUUUCAAUCUGGAAACAAUUUAAGAAUUGGUGAAAAUUGAAUAAUCAGGAAAGUCCCCAACUAUCAAUAAGCUCAGAACAACUGCCAAAUUCACAUACUCAUCAGAUCCUGGAAAACAAAUGAUGAAAAAAUCGAUUUGUGUUUUAUUAUUAUUUUGGAUAAUGUUUUAGAAAGCAUUGAACUGUAUUUCCUAAACUCUUUUUUGGAAGGUUUAAUGGCCCUGAAAAGCGCCUUGUUUUAUGGAAUGGUUCCAAUUUAGAAAACUUAGUACUCGUGGUUUUGAAAAAAACCCAUUUCGAACGCCCUCGAUGCCGCCUUGUUGUGGAUUUACCACCAAAGCAGUUUGUAUAAAGAACUAAUUGUCUUUUUUCUUCUGCUACCUGAUGCCGUAUUGCGAUUGCGUUUGCCACUCGCCACUCGCUGCAACUGCCUGUUAUCUUGAUGUCCACCGAACCGAAUGUGUUCUGUUCCGAAUGCGGGUUUUCUUAUAGUCGCGAGCAGCUUUGCCAGCUAACUCGAUCACUUCGGCGGCCGAAACUAUAUAACGCCGGCUAGGUGGACUGGUACACUGAUACUAACGCGCUCGGCCUAACUACCCUUGCGGGGAACUCCAGAUCGACACGUUUCGAGCGGGAUUUUGUCCUUUCCCUUCACUUUUCCUCCUUUACCAUGUUCAGACAUGGCUCUUGGGUUGGUUUGUUGAUGUGUUGUGAUGCGAACCGAUGUGGUGUACGGUUUGAAUGAGAAUGAUCGUUACGGAAGGAAGGAAGGAAGGUCUUGUAUUACAGAGACUUUAAACUUUUGCAGUUCAUUCGUCUCUAGCCUUGAGAAAGGCCCUUUGAAAACUCUACUCUACUCUAUUACUCUACUCCAGCGCGACCACCUCCGCCCUCUUGCCUUGAGAAAGGCACUCGAUCCCUCGCCGUCCAGCUCGUCCAGCAACGAUGUUGUCCAGUCGGUGUCCACACAAAGAAUGUGAUCGUUACGGCAGCGGAGCGGGGAUUUUUAAGCUGACUGGCUGGCUCGAGAAUUACGCAUAUGUGAGACUGCGACCAAUGUUUCGUUCAUUUUUUUCUUUUUCCUUUCCAAUCGUGCUUCAUUCUAUUUCGCUGCUGCUCUGGUUGCCCAUUUUGGUCGGUACGAUUUGAGCAGCACAAAAUGGACCAAUCAAAAAUGGGCACAUAGUGCAUUUUGACAAUGCUUGAUAUUUCACAAUUAUUCAAUUAUUUAUCUCAAGAAAAAUGAAAUGUUAUUCGUUAUGAUAGAUGCGUAGAUAUAUUUCCUAUCAAUUGAUGCAAACACCUUUGCGAUCUAUUGAGAAAUGUUCGAGUUAUAAGGGUUGAAAAUCUUGCAUUUUUUCCUACUUGUUCAAUGCCUAGAUUUCCAUUUCACCCCCUAUAUCUUCCGGUUAGACGUAGUCCUACGUCAAUAAAGAGCCGCUGCAACAGAAUCCGUCACACCGUUGCUCGUACGGUGGCAGUCGGACAGGAUCAUUCCACGGUAGCAAACGAAGCGCAUAACGAAGAAAGUUCCGUUGAAUUCUCUCGACUUGGUUUGUCUGUACGGUAUGGUAUGGCGCCCAGACGAGCACGCCAUAUUCAAGUACAUUGCGUACAAGCGCACAAAAAAGUGACUUCGAGCAAUAGAUAUCUCUAAACUGCUGCGUGUUCCGUUUCACAAACCCUUUGGCUGUUGUUGCUGAUAUGUGCUGAGCAAUAUUUAACUUACUGUCGAGUAGCACACCGAGAUCCUUAACAGUGCUGACUCUGACGAUACUGGUUGUUGAGAUUUUAUAGUCAUAGUUUAUGGCGCUCCUUGUCCGACAGAAAGAAAUUGCGUUACAUUUUCGAAUAUUGACGUCCAUUCCGUUUAGUUUACAUCAGAUUAGUAAUGCCUCGAUGUCAUUUUGGAUAGCCUGACAUUCAACUAAUGAUGAGUCUACCCGGUAGAAUUUCAAGUCGUCGGCGAACAUCACCUUUGGAGAACUUAUGGUGUGGCAGAGAUCGUUGACGAACAGUACAAAUAUAAGCGGGCCCAGAUGACUGCCUUGGGGCACACCGGAUGUAAUGUCAAACGGUACAGAUUUUUUCCUUUUUUUUUAUACAAACUCUGCACGAUACAGAGUUCAGAUUUUUUUCCGCAUGUGAAAUUUCUUACAUUCGUACAAAGCAACAUUAAGGUACAUAACGACUUUUACGUCGCAGUAUCGUUUGGAGUGUUUUUUUUUAAUUUUAAUUCGUGAUAGUACGCAAUUAGAUUCAAAAAACUAUGUAUAAGCAUUAUAAAACACACGAAGGACUUGCAAAUGUAAAUGUAGUAUUUGUAGUAAAUAAAUGAGUAUUUUUUCAUGCUAAAUUUCUACAACGAAUAUUUUCGAUGAUACAGAUUUUUGGACGAAAAAGUACAGAUGAGAAAGAUUUUAAACCCCUCUUUUACAGAUUAAAAUGUGGCAACACUGUUUGUGACAUUGACGGUGAUGGAUUUGCAGCUCUGCAGAAGAGACGAGUAGAAUAGAUUUCCGUGGAUGAAUUAUUCGAUCCGGUCACACAACACGUUUCAGUAAAAUGCAUAAAAAAAAGAAUAUUUUCUCGGAACCGAUAGGUGCCGUGGCCGAGUGGUUAGCGUCUCACAUUAUCAUGCCGGGUGUUCGGGUUCGAUUCCCGUUCUGGCCGGGGGAUUUUACGUCAAAGAAAUUUCCUUCGACUUGCACUGUGGUCACGCGUAUUCUAGAGCUUGCCCCUCGGAAUACAUUCAAGGCGUGUUAUUUCGCUUAAGAAAUCUCAACUAAGUAUUAAUAAAUGACGCUAGUUAAUGCAUACGUUGAGACGGCAAAAGUUCCACAGGGAACAUCAACGCCAUUCAAGAAGGUGUCGGAGCGUGUAUCAAACCGCAGCUACAAGGUAAUGAUUGUUCCUUAUUGGAGUGCAUAAUUUUCGACGGUUUUGUCGAGUAAUGUUGGCCUUAUCCAAUAGUCAUUGGAUCGGUGCGGCGUGUCUCUAUCAGUUUAGCAGUCCCGAAGGCAGUUUGAAAUUCUUAAAAUUUGAACGAAAUUUUUUACUAUAUGUUAUUUGAUUACUCAUAACACUUGGUACUGGACCUUACUGAACCGUUUAAAAAAAAAUCCUGAUGUUUCCACUAAAACGCAUCAUUAUACUGAGUGGCGUCGAGGGAAGCUUAAAAAACUAUCUUCAGACACAAUUUUCGUAUAAGAUUCUUCCCUACUUGCAAAGAAUGUAGUUUUCACAUACAUAAAAUAUAUGUUUGAUAUGGAAAUGUUAUUUUUCAUUCAUAAUUUUUAUUUUGAAAGUGUGUUCAUUCUACCUGAAAAUCCAUUAUUGUCAUUGUCGCUUCCCAAACUCGUGAAACGAAGCUCAAUGUCGUCAACGCGAAUUUAUCUUCCAGCUUCAAACAUAAAUUUCUACGCUCCGUCUGUGCCCGCCGUUCGUACUGAGAACCCGCUAUGUUUGACAAUAUAAAUAUACCAGAUAUUUGCCGGCACAUGCCGUGUCGUGUCUGUUAAUAUAAAACUGCCUUUACAGUCAUGAAAACGACAUUUAAUUUUCAUCAAUAAUAUUUUUCAUAAAUUUCUCGAACUAUUUGAAGAGAGCAGAGAGUGAGUUGAUUGGACGAUAAUCCUCAGAUGAUAUAGGUACUUUCCCCCGCUACAGAAUUAGCACAACUCUAGCUGACUUCAAUCGCGGGGAGAAGUAGCCACAAUUUCCGACCAAUCUCUAAUGAGCACAGACUCUAUGAUACUUGAUAAAGAUUGGAAUUUAAUUUAUGUUGAGAUGUUGACGUAUAGUUGAACUUCAAUAUUAUAUUGUUAUAUUUUAUAGAGGAGUUUGGAAUGAUAAUUCACGAUUGCCUGCAUUUCUUCGUCCUCCCCAUUCCUCAUAUUUGCCAAAAUCCGUGGAGAUCAGAGGUCAUGUCUUCCAGCGGAGAGUUUUGUAGAUUCCACAAUUAGCUAGAAAAAUGAGGUUUUUUAGGCAUCCAGUUUUGUUUACUCAAUAAAUCACAACAAGACCAGUACCAACAACACUCCCUCGAUUAGAGUUUUCCAUCGACAUCAUAUUUUUUUAGAAGUUGCUGAAAAGCCAGUAAUACUUUUACAACCAAUGCUUGAUACAUUUUUCCAAAUUUUCGAUUCUCAUCAAAAAUAGCAUGUAAUUCCCUAGGUUCAAUCAGUAGCGAACGAAUUCUACUGAUGUCCUUCUACGGAUGAUCAGAGCUCGUUCGAUACGUAAAAUCUCGUCGGUGACGUCGGUUAUCGGCACCUUUGUGGCAAAAGUGUCUCUAAAAAAAUAAACAGGAAAAUAAUGCAUGUGCCAUUGUCAUCAAGCCAUCAGUAGAAGAGUAUACUCUCGAAAUUCCAAAUACCAACAUAUGAAACCUAGGAAUAGUACAAGUUUUUUCGUUUCGUUUUCCCCCAUUUCCCUAUUGUAAAUUAUUCCCGCUGAACCCUUAUUCACUAUCGCAUACUCUGAAACUAUUGUUGCACAUUUCUGCACCAAUUUCUUAAGCACAGUUCUUCCAGAUUUUUCAAGUAGAGAAUAAAAAUGCAAAAUCAGACUUAGUAGCUAAUGAAAAGGGAUUAAUCAAGUUACUGAGGUUGUUAGCCGCGUUGUAGAAAACAGAUUUUGAGUACAACUUAACAAUGGACACAAGAGAAGAGGCAGGUACAUUUUUUGUGGAAUAUGAACACCGGGUGGCAGAGCUUAAGGCAAACCGUUCCAGCAAAAACUAAUUGAAACAACAGAGAUGUUUUCGUUGACAUGAAUGCAAAAAGUUCCAGCUAAACUUAGUCAAAAUCGAACAAACUGUGAAAACUGCUGGCUCUAACCCGCGAAUAAUUUUGGUCUCGACUACAAUGUGCGCGUUAUUAAGAGUAACUACACUCGAUUAAACUGCAGCCUUACUUACCGUUAUCUACCAUUUCAAUAUACGCAUAGAAUAGAAACACAGUAUAUUCUCUCUUUCCAAAGUGCGGCCUAUUUAGAAGGAACUCAAAAUGAACCCAAAAAAACCCGAGACGAAUGCCCAACUGGGGACGAAUCAACGAAGGCUCAGGAAAUUUUACGUCCUAAACCAUUCUCUUUCGUUGACAAGUUUGUGCUCCCCUUGCGGGGGUGUCUAGUGUUGAUUUCCCCGAUUGGACACUCAUCACAGGAGAAUGAAACUUUGACAAAAAAAAAACACUAUCCAUGAUUCAUUUUAAUCUAUGAUUUUAUAUCCCAGACAUAGUCAUGUUGAAGAAUUGGUUAUCUGUAAAUAAAACAGGCAAGCAAACGAACAGUUAACUACUUCGAUCAUUGCAUGCAGUAUUUAAUAGCGCUCAAGAAAAAAAAACUCAUAAUAAUUUUAAUUUAACACUAAAUAUAGGCGAAUAAGUUGCAGCGAAUUGGUUUUUGAAAACAAUAUAUAGGCUUAAACAAAACAACAACAAAAAUGGUAACGUUCAUGUAAAACAAUCAAAAUAGAACCACUACAAAACGCACUGGAAAUCGUUUCACGCUAUAAUCGAGAUUGAUAUAGAAAUGAAGAGAAGGUAGCGAUAGAACAAACCCUACAUACCUACCAACAUUUAGCGCGAGAGUUUGCGCACGCACACCAAACUCGUACAUUUAAGACCCAUUUACGAAUUCAAACAAAACAAAAAAAAAACAAUUACUGUUGACCACUUUAUUCAUUGUUUGCAAAACAAAAGUGUUAAGUCUUUUACAAAUUGAGAAGUAUAUUAUCGAGAAUAAAAUAAUGAAGAAAGCGACAGAGUAAAUAAGAGCAACAAAAAAAAACAUCACAAAUUUCCAGUCCCUUCUCUACGGGCGAUUACCACUAUCGAUGAAGCGAUUCAAAACUAGAUAUCAAAGAAAUUUAAAAUUCCUUCUCCAAUCUCUAAACCUUUUUCGAAACAAAAGCAAAUUACAGAAUUGGGAAAAAUAAACAAUCUAGAAUGGGUGUAAUGUGGUAAAACAAAA